GUCACUUGAAGGCGGAAGUUGACCCCGAGCCACUAAUAGCUGAAAGCAAUGGCGGGGGAUUCUUCAACGGAGCUUCUCUUUCUAGAUACAUUUAAACACCAAAGCGCAGAGUUUACCAAUGUGGAUGUGGUGCGCUUCCCCUGCGUGGUAGUCAUCACAGAAGUCCGUGUCAUUCCUCCCGGAAUUAAAGCCCAUAGCAACUUACCCGACAGCAGAGCAUUUGGAAAGACAUCUCCGCAUGCCUUCCAGCUCGAGCUGUUCUUCAACAACGUCCCCAAACCGAACAGCCCCACCUUCCACAGACUUGGCAGUCUGGAGUAUGAUGAGAACAAGUCUAUCGUUUUCAGACCCAAUGGGAAGAUCAACACAGAUGGCUUGGUGCUGCGUGGCUGGUACACCACUCUAACCUUGGCUGUGUAUGGGACAGCGGAGCGUGCGCAUGGACAUGACCAAGGCUCGUCCUCGCCUCCUCCUCCACCACCCCCGCAACAACCUUGUGGGCCUAAAAGACUUGUUAAACAGGAGUGGGAAAAGGACGACCAAUACAACGGCAGUCCACCCAGACCAGCACCCCGAGGGCCUCGUACUCCGCCAGGGCCUCCACCCCCAGAUGAUGACGAUGAGGAGCAGGUCCAAGUCCCGGGAGUGAACAUGGGCAUGGUCAAAGAAGAGCCGCGUGAGGGCCGUGAGGACUCACUGGAGGCUGUGUCACCAGAAAGAUCAUUGGUUGCCGACGAAGUGUACUCCGAUGCUGAGCGAGAAGAAGAAGGGGAGGAGGAAGAGGAGGAGCAAGAGGAGGAAGACGACGCACGGACUGAGGGCAGCGCUCCGGAAGACGAGGAAGAAGAGGAGGACGAUGAGGGUGAGGACGAGGAGAUGGAGGAAGGUGAUGAUGGCUAUGAGCAGAUUUCCAGUGACGAGGAUGACCUGGAUAAUGGCACCUUUAAGUUGCCCUCCUUUGACAUGGACUACACUCCCGAGGACCUUGCAUCUGUUCCACCAGUCCAGUAUGAUCCCUAUGAACGAGAACUACGACCACUGGUCUACUUUACCCCUCCAUACAAAACACUGUUCGAUACCCAACUCGAGAAGCCCAGUGUGGAGGAGCCCAAGGACCCUACCAGUCCAGAGGGAGUAGCAGUUGGAGAGGAUACAGAGUCGGUGGCCCAGCUUAAAGAGCUGCUAGGAAGCAUUGGCGAAGACAGAGAUGUCCGUUGGGUCACUGCUCUGGAAGAAGCGUCAGGACUAGUAGCCAAGGGCUUGGCGUGCCUCAUUAAAGAGGGUGGGGUAGAAGACCAUGUGGACCUUUUAGCCCAGUGGGCUCUCCAAGCGCUAAGUAUGGAGAUCGCGCUCACGCAACCAAUUGCUCUGAACCUCAGACAACUAAAAGCAGGUGCCAAGCUGGCGUCAUACCUAGCAGAGAGUCCACAGGGCUUGACCGCACUGCUGCAUGAAGGGGCUCUCAGCGUGCUGCUGGAGCUGCUCCACAGGGACCAUGUCUCUUCUACAUUAAAGCUGAGUCUCAUCAGGGCACUUGAUGCCCUUAUUAGCGCUCCUAUUGGAGUAGAGGCUUUUCUGAACGCUGGCGUGUCAGAGAAGAGUGGCUAUCAGCGUUUAGUCCAGCUAUUCCUGCGUGAUGAAACAGUGAGGGUCAUAACGGCUGGCAAUGCCGUUCUUCAGAAAAGCCACAUGUUUGAGGUGCUGCUUGACCUCCAGCGUACAGCAGCAGCGUGGAGUGAACCACAGCAGGAGGAGAUGGAGGAUGCUGAAACCGGCAUGGAGGAAGAGCCGGCUCUAAGUUCCUCCUCCCCUGUGAGCGAGGCAGAGCUUGAUCGGUUGGUGGGUGUUUUGGAGGAGUUGUAUCAGCUGCUGGAGACAGCCCCUCAGUGCAUGGUGCAGCCCCCAGGGAAAGCUUUCCCAACUUCUGCAAGAAUUACAGGACCACAGGAGAGGGAUGAUCCAUAUCCAACUCUCUACAGGUAUAUGCAUGCAUGCCGUUUCCUGGAGAGCACAUCUGUGGUGCUAUCUGCAGCGGCAGCGGCUGGACACUUGGGUGUCAUCCAAGCUGUGAGAGAGCUCCUUCGCUUUUUGUCGCUCACACAAUCGGGUCUGCUCUUCCUUCUCGCCCAACCCUCCCCUACCAACUUACUUCUGCGGCUUCUUGCAUCUGUGGCUGAGACUGAUGGGGAGGAGGUGACCUUUAUGGGAGGAGAGGGAGGUCUCAAUGGGCCCGGCUUCGGUGAAGAAGGCUUUGGCGCGUGGCUGAUGCAGGCCCUACAUGCUCUCCAGGGGGUUUCCGAGCUAAUGAGCCAUGUGACCUCAGGAGUGGAUGGAGGAGUGGGCUUGGAGGAAGGUGACAACCCAGAGGUCCUGGCCAUGCUCCAUUCACUUUAUCUGAUGACUUUUACUGUGACUGGCCGCAGUGCUGUCGCUCAUGUUUUCAGUUUGGACAACAACUUGUCCUGCCUGGUUGCUCUUCUGCAGCACUACAGCAAGGAUGGACAAGGUGAAGCCAAGACUCGCAAAGCAGUGACGUAUAACUAUGCGUGCAUGCUGGUUUUGUUGGUGGUACAAAGCUCGAAUGAACUGCGGAUGAUGGAACAGCAUGUUGCUCCAUUGCUCACUAUAGCCAAGGCUGAUGACACCAAUGCUAAGCUACAGGAGCUUAGUAAAUGGUUGGAACCAUUGGAGAAAGUGCGCUUUGAGAUCGGCAGCAUUCCCACCGUGUUGGAAUACAUUAAGCAGAAUGUGGAACAUGUGUUGACUCCUGAGGGAACUGGAUUGGUCACAGCUCUCAGGGUGAUCUGCCACAUCGCCUGCCCCCCGCCUGCUGUUGAGGGUCAGCAAAGGGACCUAAAGUGGAGUCUUGCCGGGGUCCAGCUGUUCUCUGGCGAAGGUCUGGAUACAUGUGUACGUGUCCUGCAGAAGCUGUGCGCCGUCCUGCUGCAGCCAUGGCGCUUGCACGGAAACAUGGGCCCUACGCCGCAGCGCUGCACGAUCCUCAGUAUUUGCGUGAGCACACUGCGGUUGUUGCGGACUAUGCUGACAGAGCUGCUCCGCGGAGGAGCGUUCCAGUUCAGGGACACUCGUGUGGCCAGCGUGUUGGUGACGCUCCACAUGAUAGUUUGUUCCAUCCCUGCAUCAGGACGACUGGAUGGAGAGGAAACCAGAGUCCAGGCUCUUAUUGUUGAUGUGCUGCUCACCUUUACGCAAGGUGUCAAUGAAGAGGUGACGCACACAGAGGAGACUCUGGCCAGUAACACUUGGUCUCUGAUGUUGAGGGAGAUUUUAGUGUCAUUACUCAAGGCUCCUGAAGGGCUCUUCUCUGGUCUAACAUUAUUGUCUGAGCUCUUGCCUUUACCACUUCCGAUGCAAAGCACUCAGGUGUUAUCUGUACAAGACGUGGCAAUAGCCUUAAACACAAGAAAGCUGUGGAGCAUGCACAUCCGGGCACAGUGGAAAGUGUUCUCCGAGGCGUUGAGAUGUGUGUGCACUACCAGCUGCCCUCCGCUCUUGGCCAUUCUCAGGAGGGUGUGUGUUCAGCUGGCUGACCUCUCCUCACCCACUGCAACACUCAUUAUGAAGACCUUGCUGGAGCUGCUCCUGGAGGAGCUGCAGCCGGUGGAGGGGAAAGGUUCGUGCUGGGGCCAAGUCCUGCGCCUGCUUUCUUUGACUGACGCGCUGGCGUCACAGAGAGCUUGUAAGAGUGCCAUGUUGCACCUGCUGUCUGGAUCAGUGUCUGGAGAUGAACAAAUGGUGGAUCUCUUCCCAUUGCUGCUGCCCCUAUUGGUGCCUCCCUCUGACCACUCUUUACAGCAACAGCAAUGCAGUGAACUCAUGGGAACAAUAUUACAGUCACUGUGUGACCAGGAUAUCUCUCUGGUGACGUCCCAGACGGGUGAAAGCUGUGUGUCAGAGGUGGAACAGCUGGCCAAUGCACUCCCAGGGCGAGAGAUGAUGUCAUCUGUAUGUAACGCCUUGAUGGAGGUUUUGGGAAAUUCAUACAGCAGUGUCCCUCUUCUCCUCACCUGUAUCAGGACUCUGACAUUCCUCACAGAGCAUGACUAUGGACUUUACCAUCUCAAAGUAGCUCUGAAGAAACACAGUGCGGGUUUAUAUUCCCUCUUGAAGAGGUUAGUGGUUCCGUUCAACAAGGACUCUGCAGAUCUGCUGUCAGCUCUGAUAGACUUCCUCCGACAGAUUGUCAACACGGACUCAGUGUGUAACGAGGAGGGCCAGGCAUCUGCGGAAGAGUCAUCUUUUGCUUCUCCACCACGGUUGCUGAGCGGCUCUGAGAUGAAAGCUCUCCUAAAAUGGGAAGAGUCCGAGUCACAUCCUCUGCCUACUUUGGAGAAGCAGAUUACGAAACUCUGUAAGGAAGAUGAUUCACUGGAGACCAUGUUAGAAAGUGUGACUGUCCUGAGGCAAACUUUGGAGACUGCAGCAGAUGAGCCACCUGCGGCUGACACGGAGCCAACCCUGCCAGUGCCUGAAACUCUUGCCGCUCAGUUUAAUCACCGGACAGUGUUUAUUCUUUCAGAGGCCCUUGAUGAUCAACUCAAGGCACUGUGGUUCUCUCCCUUCCAAACGGAUGACAUAGAAAGUGAGCUUGACAUGGUAAAGGUGGACCUGGUGGGUUUGGCCCAAGAAUGUUGUCCAGACCUGGACCUGAAAGCUGAGCUUGAGCGCUCCUACCUGUCAGAGCCUUCCUCCCCUGGUCACGCCAAGGCUCAAAAAGGCUUCCGGCCAGGAAAACACAAGCACGAGACCUUCAUUACAUCAAGUGGUAAAUCAGACUACGUGGAACCCGCUAAGAGAGCACACAUCAUGGCAGCCCCUCGUGGCAGAGGGGGGCGAGGGGGCUUUGGACAGAAUCUCUGCAGACCCCAUGACAUCUUCCGCCAGCGCAAACAGAACACUUCCCGUCCUCCCAGCAUGCACGUGGAUGACUUUGUGGCAGCGGAGUUUAAAGACAUUACCACCCCAAUUGGACUUUUACCUCCUAAAAGGCCUCCUAAAAGCGCUCCCAAGCUCCCCACCAGAGGACUCUUUACUGGAAACCGAGGCAGAGCCACCUUCCACAACCAGACUCGCUUUUUUACUCCACCGCAGCCUAAAAGUGUACUUCUGUCUGGUAACUAUGCUCGCAGGGAGGGAGGCCGAGGCUCAUCAUGGAGCGGACAAGUCCCAGCCGUUACUCACAGAGGAACAUACAGUGAACCUCGCGGGGGUCAAAGCAACUUCACACGAGGACCUCUGCCCUCCAGACAACUUCCUGCGAAUGCAUAUCGCCUGGCUCCACGUGAUCGUGCCCCACGCGGCAGAGGAGGCACGGGGCUGUCGUGGCUUAGUGGAGGAGGAGGCGGCGGCGGUGGCGGCAGUGCAGGUGGUGGUGGAGGCGGAGGAGGAGGGAGAGGGUCCCAGGUGAGCAAGUUUAGUGGCGGGGGAGGGAGCGGAGGUGGGAGGGGCAGACACGUCCGCUCCUUCACCAGGUAAAUACACCUGGGCAUUGACUCAAGGCUGUUAGGGCUCCUUUUGGACCAAUGGGGAUCUUUUAUGUGCCAUCUCCAUGGAAAUGUGUCCAUGGUGAUCAUGAUGUCAUAAUGAUGUGCAGGCUUUUGUGUUGUUUUAUGUUUUGUUAUUUUCAAUUGUACCCAGAGAAUUAAAGUUCAUAGUAAUUGAGUUUCUGUUUGUCCUUUCAAGAUCAUCAUUUUAAUUGAAUACUGCAAAGCAAUUUUUAAAAAGCUGUUUUAAUUUAACCAUAUCCUUGAAAAUUUUAAUUUGUUUAGAAAAAUUAGAUGCCAGAGAGAGAAAUAUUGCAAUCAUACAAGUAUAUACCUGUACUGUAUAUUCAAAUAUGAUUCCAUGAUUUCUUGCCUGUGAAAGGGCUUUGAAGUCUAGAAAUACAAUUCCAUACGUAUAGUAAUACAAGGGGCGUUACAUUACUGCACUAAUCAGUGGUGUUUAUAAAAUUAGUAAAAGUUUAUUCACAGUUAAACCUACAGUCAAAUGAUUACCCCACAGUGGGUUGACACAAAAUAUCUUUCAAACACAUCAUUUGCUCCUAAAAUUAUUUAACACAUGCCAGACCACGUUCUGCUUUGCACUUGAUUUGAUUACUACUAUCUACCGUAGUUAAAAAUUGUUUACCAAGAAAAACUAUAUUCUUAUUUGGCUAAUCUUCAGUCCAGUCUUCUCAGAUGACCGUGACCUCCCGGCUCUUCUUCUUGAUGUAAUCCAGCGUCAUACUCCGGGUUCCACUCUUGCGUGCACCAUCACUCAGCUGGGGUGAAGGAGGGGUUAAACUGGGAAGAUUUAAGGAAGCCUCCCUCCUCUGGUGCCUCAAUGGCUGGUAGGUCGGUUCCCAUACGGGUGCCUGCUGAUCCCCCUGAAGGUGCUCUCGGGCCACCUGGUCCACUGCCUGCUGACCCUUGGUGGGGUGUAGGUCUCUGAGGAGCUCCAACAGUUCUUGCUUCUCCAGCUCGACCUCUGCCAACUCUUGUCUCCUUAGACGCUCUGCUCCUAGCAGGGCACGCAUGUCACCCAUCACACGGGACAACUGGCCCUGAAUACCAAAGACAGGUCAUAUGUAAUAACAAAUGUAAUUACAGAAGGACGUCUUUAUCCCCACAUCCAUCAGGUGGCAUAAAAGUUAUGGGUGAGUAUACAAUUUAUUUAAUAAGUAGGGAUGUCUGAUAUUGGAUUUUUUGCCGAUAACUGAUAUGCCGAUAUUGUCCAACUCUCAUUUUCUGAUAUUCCGAUCUGUGUAACAUCACAUAUCUUUUUCUUGAAUGUAAUUGUUCUAAAGUAACAUUACUCCUAAAUGAGUACAGUUGUAUUGUUGGCUACUCCACCCAUCUGUGAGUAGAUAAUUAAUGUAUUACAUAUUUUAUAUAAGAGUACAUUUAUGUUUCUUGUGCCUUGAUUUAUGUUUUGUUUUUUUUAUAUUUAUUUUUAGUUAAAGGGGUAUUGUUUAAAAUAC